UCGCAGAACUCGUGAGCUUCCAUUAUCAGCUUUAGCUUAGCUUAGCAUCCUAUCUCGCUGACCGCAACUUUUCCCCUUCUUCUUCUUCCUAGGAGAGAGAGAAAGAAGAAGAAACAAGCACCUCCAUUGCUUUCUCUCCAAAUUACAUCCACCGCCUUUGUUAACUAAUUCGCCUCCGUCGCGGCUUCAUCAGGGACCUUGCCGGUGAGUUUUCCGGCGGCCGAUUCUGCACUGUGUUUUCGGUUUUCCUUCCCCGCUUCCUUCCUUUUAGCUAUUGUGGACUUUGUGGUGACUGGUGAGUGCUGCUGAACAUUCUGGACAUCUUCGGAUGAAGAACUGCUGGCUGGAAUUGAUGGUUCUAUAGUUCUGUUUAGUAAUAUUGACAAUCCAUUUCGUGAUAAUGAGAUCUCGAACGUAAUCGGUGAACAGUAAUCGAUCAUGCACAGUAACUACGAUCUAUCCAUUCCAAAUUGAGCUGCGCUCCGAGCUCUGCUAAUGGAGUUUCUGGUUAUGGACUAUGGUCCAGAUUCAGAAACCGCUUUUAGAUCCAACACCUUCUUUGCCUUUCUGGCAAUCUAAUUUCCUCGUGCUUUGCUCUUCCUUUUUUCCUUUCUGUUGAUUUGAUUCACAUUUCUUCUCCUUCUCCGAUUUCUUGUUUUUUCCGCUGGUUAACGCUCUGUUCUGGUUUCUUCAAGAUACGGCCAAGCCUAGCUUUACGGCUUUACCUUUACAGCCUGAUUUUUUUUAAAAAAAAUGGGAAAAGGGAGGAGAAACCGCCACUAGAAGGAAACAAAAGAGAAAACUGCCGCUCUUGUGCUCCAAUCCCCGUCUUCCACGUCCUCGAUUUUCCCAGAAUUUCCGGUUUUGCCCCGAAAAAGAAUUUGGGUUUUUUUCUGAACGGGAAAAGAAAGAAGAAAAAAAUCGAGAGACUGAGGUGUCUGGUUCAGUUCCCCAAGUCGCGACUUACGAAACCUUGCCGUCACCAGCGUCAGCCGCCGGCGAAUGAGACUCCACCAAUUCCGUUUUCGUUUUUGUUUGCCUUACCUUGGGCGGGUGGUUAUUGCGUAAUCCAGCGUUAACCGCCGCCGCCUUCUCUGUUGAGGGGUUUGAUUACGUAGACGCAAUGAUGUAUCUGCGCGUAAAAAGUUUGAACACUCACUUUUUCCUUCUGCAUGAAGGCUCGGGGUUGGAUUCCGGCGACAACGGCGGCAUUUUUUUCUCCCCACUUCUUUGACCUAAUUUCAAAGCGGAAUUUCUGAUUCCGGCCAGUCCUGGUCGUCGAAUUUGGUGGGAAAUGCUACGGGUAGGAAGCCCGCGGCAGUUAUGGUGGGCUGGUCUUUGUUCCGGGAACAAGUUCAGUAGCCGUCGGAAUUCUCAAUUAAGCUUCCACAGGAAAUUGUCCGAUCUUGCUACUAAACGUCCCACAAACGCUAGAAACCCCAACACCCUGCUCCUUUCAUUCCAUGGAAGAAACCCUAAACCUUUAGGUGCUCUUUUAAGUUUCAUUUUGUGCCGUGAUUGGUUAAACAUGUUCUGGAACUUGCAUUUUAGUUCUUUGGUGUACGACGGGUUUGGGCUGAUGUGUUUUUGGUUCAAUUGUUGAUGUAGAUACAAGGAGCUCAACUGCAAUCAUGACGGUUAUCCCGAAGAUCUCAAUCAACGAUGGGAACCUGGUGGUUCAUGGGAAGACCAUCUUGACUGGAGUGCCUGAUAACAUUGUGCUCACGCCUGGUUCAGGAGUUGGGCUGGUGGCCGGCGCUUUCAUCGGUGCUUCUGCAGAAAACAGUAAAAGCUUGCAUGUCUUUCCCGUCGGUGUUCUUGAGGGUCUGCGAUUUAUGUGCUGUUUCCGAUUCAAGCUGUGGUGGAUGACCCAGAGAAUGGGAACUAACGGGAAAGAUAUUCCAUUGGAGACCCAAUUUCUGCUUGUGGAAAGUAAGGGAGGUGGUGAAGGAGUUGAUCAAAAUGAUGGCGAGACCAUUUAUACCGUGUUCCUGCCUCUCCUGGAAGGACAGUUCCGCGCUGUUCUUCAGGGAAAUGACAGGAAUGAGCUGGAGAUUUGCUUGGAGAGUGGGGAUUCAGCUGUUGAAACCAAUCAGGGUCUUCACCUUGUCUACAUGCAUGCUGGGACCAACCCAUUUGAAGUCAUCAGCGAGGCUGUAAGGGGUGUUGAGAAACAUAUGCAAACAUUUGUACAUCGAGAAAAGAAAAAGUUGCCUGGUUUUCUCGACUGGUUUGGUUGGUGUACCUGGGAUGCAUUUUACACAGAUGUUACAGCUGAGGGUGUUGAGGAAGGCCUCAGAAGCCUAUCCAAGGGAGGUACUCCUCCACGUUUUUUGAUAAUAGAUGAUGGUUGGCAACAAAUUGAAAACAAAGACAAGGAGGAGAAUGCAGUUGUACAAGAAGGAGCACAAUUUGCCACUAGGCUCACUGGGAUACAGGAAAAUGCAAAAUUCCGAAAGAGCCAUGAAAAGCAUGAGGAGUCUAGAGGGUUGAAGCAUGUUGUGGAAGAUGCCAAGCAACAUCAAAAUGUCAAAUAUGUCUAUGUGUGGCAUGCUUUGGCUGGGUACUGGGGUGGAGUGAAGCCAGCAGCUACCGGGAUGGAGCACUAUGACACUGCUCUGGCAUAUCCAGUUCAGUCCCCGGGUGUGCUAGGGAACCAGCCAGAUAUUGUCAUGGACAGCCUUUCAGUUCAUGGCCUUGGCUUGGUGCCUCCGAGGAAAGUUUUCAACUUCUACAACGAGCUGCAUGCUUACCUGGCAUCCUGCGGUGUAGAUGGAGUCAAAGUGGAUGUGCAGAACAUUAUCGAAACACUUGGUGCUGGCCAUGGUGGAAGAGUUUCUCUUACUCGCAGCUACCACCAGGCUCUUGAGGCUUCGAUCGCACGUAACUUUCAUGAUAACGGUUGCAUUGCUUGUAUGUGUCACAACACUGAUGGGCUCUACAGUGCCAAACAGACCGCUGUAGUCAGAGCUUCGGAUGAUUUCUACCCCCGUGACCCUGCCUCCCACACGAUUCAUAUCUCUUCUGUGGCAUACAACACUCUUUUCCUUGGAGAAUUUAUGCAGCCUGAUUGGGACAUGUUUCAUAGUUUACACCCAGCUGCAGAUUAUCAUGGAGCAGCCCGAUCAAUCGGUGGAUGUCCAAUCUACGUCAGUGACAAGCCAGGCAACCACAACUUCGAGCUGUUGAAGAAGCUUGUGCUCCCUGAUGGAUCAAUUCUACGUGCUCAGCUUCCUGGCAGGCCUACUCGUGACUGCCUCUUUGUUGAUCCAGCAAGAGAUGGCACCAGUUUGCUCAAGGUAUGGAAUGUGAACAAGUGCACUGGUGUGGUUGGUGUGUUCAACUGCCAAGGUGCUGGUUGGUGCAAGGUUGAGAAGAAGACACGCAUUCACAACACAUCUCCUGGUACGCUUACAGCUUCAGUCCGUGCCACUGAUGUCGAUUCAAUUGCCGAAAUUGCUGGCGAUGAUUGGAACGGCGAGACCAUUGUCUACGCGUAUAGAUCAGGGGAGCUGUUUCGCUUGCCUAAAGGCGCUUCAGUUCCAGUGACGCUCAAAGUUCUGGAAUACGAACUCUUCCAUUUCUGCCCCGUCAAGGAGGUAACUUCAGACAUCUCUUUCGCCGCAAUUGGCUUGCUCGACAUGUUCAACUCGGGCGGGGCAAUGGAUCAGGUUGAAGUGAAUAGGACUACACCUGCAGCGGCUGCAACCAUUUCUCUCAGAGUCCGUGGAUGUGGAAGGUUCGGCGUCUACUCGUCUCAGCGCCCUGUGAAAUGCAGUGUGGCGAAUGUAGAAACCGAUUUCGACUACGACCCAGCCACUGGACUUGUGACGAUGAAUCUGCCUGUUCCAGAGGAAGAGAUGUACAGAUGGCCCGUCGAGUUCCAAGUUUAAGAGCUGCGUUGUUUUGAUUGGCUAGCGGUUUGAGGAUUGAAGAUUUAAGAUUCUGAGUCCCAGAAUUUCAGCCAUUGAUUUGUCACUUGACUGAGAAAUGUGCUGAUUGUAGUGUGUACUGUAAUGUUAAUGCCUUAAUGGCCAUGUGUUGCCUUACCAAUGCUUGAAGCGAAGAGUAAUAAGAAAGUCUUCUGUCUUUGCCAUUUAAUCAGCGUGAUGCGAAACGUUUCUGUAUUUCAAACCAAAAGUGAAACGUGUUACAGAACCGUGAAACCGCUAUAAGAAACGCAAAAGGCGUUGAAGCAGGCUCAAAGAGUGACAUGUUUUGAAUGCUGAGGUCUAUUGGGCUGAAUAAUUGGGCCUAAUUUGUAAGCCGAAGAUAGUGGCCCAACAUAGGGGCUUCUUUCAUACCCGACGGGCCGAAGAGAGUGGCUCUGCAGCCUGUAAUUAUUAUACGAUCAAGUCGGAUGCUUUUUCACGAGCCGUAAUGUGUAUUGAAUUAUGGUCAAUGCUAUGGUGCCGCUAUAAAAAGUGCAGUACUGGUGCUGUAAAAAGUGCACUAUUGGUGUCGCUGUUUUUGAUUGAGCCACAUGAGCGUGACAUGGCACUGGUUUGAUCUACACAAUAAAUAAAAGUCAAAUGAGAAAAUUUGAAGCUUCAUUUCAAAUUUCUUGCAUCCAUAGUGAAAGUAGGAAGGGUAGAUUCGUCUUCACAAUCACUUAUUAUUUUCUUAUUUACAGGAAAAAAAAUCAGUAAUGAGAUGUGAACCGUAGUUUCUUCGAACAAAGACAAGAAACAUAACCAGUUACAAUAAACACAUUUGUGUGAUAUUUUUCAAAUAAAAACAUACAGAAGCUUAAAUAUGGAAAAAUAUAAGACUUUUCCUCCACGGUUAGCAACCGAAAUGUCAUUGAUUCAAAUAUUGUAUAUAUUGAAUUGCACUCUUGAAUGUGUAGAAGCGAUGUAGAAUUCUUAACAUAGACUUAAUUGUUAUAACUAUCAUAAAGUAACGAUAUUUUUGAACACAGAACUUUUGAGUGAAUAUGGGGCACAUGUGUCUUUAAGAGGGGUAAAUAUGGAAAGGUUGAGUGAUGUUGGUUUGCCAAACACGGAUGGAAAAGACACUACUAAUGUAAACGGGUCCAAAUAGUGCCCCGACCCACUAAACGCUCAACCAUCGUCGUCUCUCCAAACUUCACAUCAGACUCAACAACCGGCUAACCUCCUCUACCUCUAUUGUUAAGCUAGAGCAAUUUUUGGAGGGGGAAAUAUGGAAAGAUUGAGUGUUGUUGUUUGCCCAACGCAAAUGGGAAAAUGUGCUACUUAUGUAAACAUGCCCAAAUAGUUUCCGACCCACUAAACACUCAACCACCAGGUUACUUUCGCUACACCUAAUAUAAGAGUGAAAUGGGAAAUGUGCACCCCCCAUUACAAAAUCCCUGCAUCCAUAGCAAAAGUAGGAAGGGUAGAUUCGUCUUUACAGUCAUUUAUUAUUUUCUUAUUCAUAUGAAAAAUACAUAAGUGAUCGAAUUUGAAUUUUGUCUCUUUGAGAAAAGACAAGAAACAUAACCAGUUACACUAAACAAAUUUGUUUAAACGUUUUAAAUUAAAAACAUACAGGAAGCUUAAAUCUGAAAAAUCAUUGGAAUUUUACAUCACAGUUAGCUAAGCCACUAACUCUCCCCUAAAUAUUUUUUUGGUAUUUGAUACUUCUAUUUUCAUACUUUGAUUAUUUUAAUUCGAGUUUAACAAUUAAUUCUAUUUCUCUUUAUCUUAUAAAAAGAUAAUAAUUUU